AUGUCUGAGGACGAGUCAAGACCUGAACAUGAACUGGAAGGAGAGGAAGACGCGUUUGGGGAACUGGUGCAGAAUUACAACAGGCCCCGCGGAAGGGGCGGAGCCGAUUUGAUGCAGAUGGGACUAGCUCGACGGUACUCACAGAUCCCAAGAUUAAUGUUCCCGCUGAGGUUUAGAGACGACCAACACACAGGAUUACAGUUCGCUCUGCUCAAAAACCUACUUGAUAGUGACGAUCCUAAUGUGUUUGGGGCCGUGCACGUGCCUAACGAAGAUGAAAGAUUAGAGGAUACCUGGUGCGACUGCGGUGUUACAGUUCAGAUACUUGAGAUACACGAGGACCAGAAACAACCUCGCCUUCUUGAUCCUGCUGGUAAAGUAAAAGAUACGUUCCUGCGAGGACCCCUCCCAGUGUGGCAGCACCGACUCAGGGACGUCUUCACUCUGGAGAAACUGAUUAAGAACGAGAUAACAACGAGUUGCCCUGGUAUUAAUGCGGACUCUGCCCCAACUGAGCCCAUCAUGUUCUCUUAUUGGAUAAUCAGUACUAUGCCCUUCAAGUUCAAACAAAGAAACAAGAUGCUGAGAGAGGAUAACCUGAUUGUGAGACUCCGAUCUCAACUGAACUACUUGCGACUUCUCAACCACUUUGAUUACUGUUGUCUCGAGUGUGGACCCAACCAUCCAGUUGUCAGCUGCUCUGAUCUUAUGUCCAUGAAGUCUGAAGGUCCUUUUUAUCAUCUCAAACCGGAGGGAAUGUUCGACGAGACAGUACUGACCACCAACGUAAACACUGAUCAUGUGUACUGGUACGGUACCGCUACCAGGAAGAGUGACCUUACUGGAUAUGGUAGAACACUGCUCGGUUGUAAAACGUGUUUGAGAGAUCUAGGCUGGAAAUUUGCUGCAUUUGACGUGACCACUCAACCACAAAUGUUCUAUGGUUUGAAAAGGAAACUCUUGCUCAUACAAGCCAGCAAAGAUUACGAAUCAAGCUCAGACUCUGAAUGAGACACAGAGGCACCACGUGGUACCUCACAUUACACUACACAGAGUGAUUUACUAUUCUAGAAAACACUCUCUUAACUCAAAUAAUUGGCGGAUACAGCCUACAGGGACUAUUAUAUUGUAGAGCUGACACUGUCAACUGUUGAUCGAACCAAACUUGAUGAUAACUAAGUUGUUGCUGAGGACCCGUGACCUUUGAAUAUUUUGUGAUAUUUUAUUAUAUUUAAGGUUUGAAAAUUCAAUUACUGAGUCCAAUCAGUUUAUUUACCGGGAAAAUGCAUUAUGAAUUAUCUAACUGUAUUCAGUAAUUUUAUUAAAUUUGUACCCGACU